AUGCCAGCAAUUAUGACAAUGUUAGCAGACCAUGCAGCUCGUCAGCUGCUUGAUUUCAGCCAAAAAUUGGAUAUCAACCUUUUAGACAGUGUGGUGAAUUGCUUAUACCAUGGAGAAGGAGCCCAGCAAAGAAUGGCUCAGGAAGUACUGACACAUUUAAAGGAGCAUCCUGAUGCGUGGACAAGAGUUGACACAAUUUUGGAAUUUUCACAGAAUAUGAACACGAAAUAUUAUGGACUACAAAUUUUGGAAAAUGUGAUAAAAACAAGGUGGAAGAUACUUCCCAGGAACCAGUGUGAAGGAAUAAAAAAAUACGUUGUUGGACUCAUUAUCAAGACAUCGUCUGACCCAACUUGUGUGGAGAAGGAGAAGGUAUAUAUCGGGAAAUUAAAUAUGAUUCUUGUCCAGAUACUGAAACAAGAAUGGCCCAAACACUGGCCAACUUUCAUCAGUGACAUUGUUGGAGCAAGUAGGACCAGUGAAAGUCUCUGUCAGAAUAAUAUGGUUAUUCUUAAACUCUUAAGCGAAGAAGUGUUUGAUUUCUCUAGUGGACAGAUAACACAAGUGAAAGCCAAGCAUUUGAAAGACAGCAUGUGUAAUGAGUUCUCACAAAUAUUUCAACUAUGUCAGUUUGUGAUGGAAAAUUCCCAAAAUGCUCCACUUGUGCAUGCCACCUUGGAAACACUGCUCAGAUUUCUUAACUGGAUUCCACUGGGAUAUAUUUUUGAGACCAAGUUAAUCAGCACAUUAAUUUAUAAGUUCCUGAAUGUUCCAAUGUUUCGAAAUGUGUCUCUAAAGUGCCUCACUGAGAUUGCUGGUGUGAGUGUAAGCCAGUAUGAGGAACAAUUUGUAACUCUAUUUACACUGACAAUGAUGCAGCUAAAACAGAUGCUUCCUUUAAAUACUAAUAUUCGACUUGCAUAUUCAAAUGGAAAAGAUGAUGAACAGAACUUUAUUCAAAAUCUCAGUUUGUUUCUCUGCACAUUUCUUAAGGAACACGGUCAACUUAUAGAAAAAAGAUUAAAUCUCAGGGAAACGUUGAUGGAGGCCCUUCAUUAUAUGUUGUUGGUAUCAGAAGUAGAAGAAACUGAAAUCUUUAAGAUUUGUCUUGAGUACUGGAAUCACUUGGCAGCUGAACUCUAUAGAGAAAGCCCCUUCUCUACAUCUGCCUCUCCGUUGCUAUCUGGAAGUCAGCAUUUUGAUGUUCCGCCCAGGAGACAGCUCUAUUUGCCUGUGUUAUCCAAGGUCCGUUUAUUGAUGGUUAGUCGUAUGGCUAAACCAGAGGAAGUAUUGGUUGUAGAAAACGAUCAGGGAGAAGUUGUGAGAGAAUUUAUGAAGGAUACAGAUUCCAUAAAUUUAUAUAAGAAUAUGAGAGAAACAUUAGUUUAUCUUACUCAUCUGGAUUAUGUAGAUACAGAAAGAAUAAUGACUGAGAAGCUUCACAAUCAAGUGAAUGGUACCGAGUGGUCAUGUGAUACUUUCAUUAAAAUAGCACAGAAAUGCCGCAGACAUUUCGUUCAAGUUCAGGUUGGAGAAGUAAUGCCAUUUAUUGAUGAGAUUUUGAACAACAUUAACACUAUAAUUUGUGAUCUUCAGCCUCAACAGGUUCAUACAUUUUAUGAAGCUGUGGGGUACAUGAUUGGUGCACAGACAGACCAAACAGUACAAGAACAUUUGAUAGAAAAAUACAUGCUACUUCCUAAUCAAGUGUGGGACAGUAUAAUCCAGCAAGCAACCAAAAAUGUGGACAUACUUAAAGAUCCUGAAACAGUCAAGCAACUUGGUAGUAUAUUAAAAACAAAUGUGAGAGCCUGCAAAGCUGUUGGACACCCCUUUGUAAUUCAGCUUGGAAGAAUUUAUUUAGAUAUGCUUAAUGUAUACAAGUGCCUCAGUGAAAAUAUUUCUGCAGCUAUUCAAGCUAAUGGUGAGAUGGUUACAAAACAACCACUGAUAAGAAGUAUGCGAACAGUGAAAAGGGAAACUUUAAAGUUAAUAUCUGGUUGGGUGAGCCGCUCCAAUGAUCCACAGAUGGUAGCUGAAAAUUUUGUUCCUCCUCUCUUGGAUGCAGUUCUCAUUGAUUAUCAAAGAAAUGUCCCAGCUGCUAGAGAACCAGAGGUUCUUAGUACUAUGGCUACUAUUGUCAACAAGUUAGGAGGACACAUAACUGCAGAAAUACCUCAAAUAUUUGAUGCUGUUUUUGAAUGCACAUUAAAUAUGAUAGAGUUUGCAGGUGAAGAUACAUCUGAUCUGUUUUUGGAAGAAAGAGAAACAGCCCUUCGACAGGCUCAGGAAGAGAAGCAUAAACUUCAAAUGUCUGUCCCUGGCAUCCUUAAUCCACAUGAAAUUCCAGAAGAAAUGUGUGAUUAA